AGGAGCUGAAUUAGCCUUCGGGGGUUGGUUCGGUUGUCGUCGUGAUCAAAAUGGCGGGUAUAUCUUUGGAUGUGGGGAGAGAAGAGUAUCACUAUUUUUAUUUUACAAUAAUGUAAUUUUUAACCCCGGACUUGAAUUUCUGACGCCUCCAUUCGGUAAAGGACCUGCCAGCCAACAUGUGUGACGUGUGUGUGGACUUGCUCGGGAUUUUACAGUCCUAUGAAGGACGGAUGAUAGCAGCAAAGCCACCACGGAUGAACAAGGACGAGGCCCUGGCACUUGUUGGCUUCAUACAGACAUGGCAACAGAAGCAAUGCGGCUGCUGUUUCAAAGAUGCCAGAAAUGUGGAGAAGUUCAACCUCCUAUUACAAGGACUUAUUCUUGUAGCUUUGAACAUAAUCAAGACUGCUUAUCAAGAAGUCAAAGCCAAACAAGAAUGCUCAUCUUCAGCAAAACAAGAAGUAACACAAGGGAAAACAGAAGAGGUAAAAGAGGAGGAAGAAAACAAAGAAGAAGGAACUCCUAAGAAACAAACUGAGGGUGGGGAGGAGAAAACAGACCAAGAUAACACUGGAGACGUGGCCAUGCCUGAGGAAACAACAGAAGAGACUGCUAAAGAAGAAGCUGAUGAUAAGAAUGAAGGGGAGAGGGAGGUUAAGAAGGAUGGAAUGGAUGUCAGAUGGACUCUUGAAGAGAGAGAGGGCCUUCUGCAUUGUGUGGCUAAAAUCUACCAAAUGCAGUUUCCUCUGUAUACCAGCUACAAGCACUACUUUCACUUAUCAGUUGAGGACCUGUCUCAACAGGAGGGGAAUGCAUUAGGAAACUACUGCGACAUGAAUGACGUGGAUGUGCCUGUGUACCUGCUGAAGAAUGUUUACCACCUGUGUGAACACGGCGGGCUGCUGCUCAUCAGGCAGUGUUUUGAGCAGGUCACCCCCGAGCUCCUGCCCUUCCCUCUGGCCCACGCCAUGGUGGCCCUCGUCUCGAACGUCCGCGUCUGGUUACACCUGCCUGCCGUUAUGCAGUACAUCCUGCCCAUGAGACCGCAUGUCAUCAGAUACCUAAUCAGAUUAUCAGAGAAGGACCUGCGGAUGACGGGGGCGCGGAACAUGGCUGACCUGAUGUGGAGCGCGGUGAAGGAACCGCUGGACUCCCAGAUGGGGUUCGACAGGGACAGCCUCGAGCUGGCCUUCAAGUACUUCACCUCACCCACCCUCACCAUGAGGCUGGCCGGCCUCAGUCAGGUCACGAACCAGGUUCAUGUUUUUACCGAGAUGUGCAACAACGACUCCAUGGUAGAUGUGGAAAGCAAUGAGCUUGCUGAAUGGCUUGUACAGAAUAAGAUUGUUGAACAUAUCUUUGGGCCCAAUAUGCAUAUAGAGUUGGUGAAGCAAAGCCAGAUGGUUCUGAACUUCAUGGCAGCAGAGAGCUGUCUGACAUCUCAGCACCUGGACUGCAUCUGGGCAGCUGCGCAGUUGAAACACAGCAGCAAGUAUGUCCAUGAGGUGAUCUCUGCCCUCAUCAAACAUCUGGAGCCUGCCCUGCUGAAACACCUCCUCAAAUUGGUGUCCAGUCUGCACCCUUCACAACACACAGAACAGACGCUGUACCUGGCCUCCAUGCUGACCAAGGUGAUCUGGAGUAACGCGCUGUCUGCACACAUGAUGCAGCAGUCUCAGCAGGCCAGUCAGCCAGCGUUCACACAGAUGCUGAAAAGCACUCUGGAUAAAGCCUCCAUCCAUCGCCAGGCAGACCAGCAGAGCACCAGUAGCGGGGACAACAGCGUGAGUGCGGAGCCCAGCCACAGCGGCGGCAGCGAUGCUGAGCAGGAGAACGAGCACAUGCACCACCAUCACCACCACCAUCACGUCCACCACGGUCACGGGGAGGGCAGGGAACGUAGACAGGGCCACAAGCCUGGCCACAGGCUGGCCCAGGGGCAUGUAUGUCACCAUCAUCAUCUACACCAACAUUAUAUGGAGAUGGAGGACCAUGAGCCCAGCAGCCAGGAGGAGUCCUCCCUGGAGCAGAGCCUGGACGUGAGCAGGGAGACGCAGCCCAGCGCCCAGUCUGAUGGCAGCAGCAGUGGGGAGGAGGGGGAGAGCGGGCGGGAGGGGAGCUUCAGCAGCGAACACAGCACGCACAGCCAGGGGAGUGACGGGUCGCAGGGCAGCGAGGGUGGAAGAUCAGAGGAGUCCAGCACAGAAGUGCCCACCGGGAGACGUCCCAGGGCGGGCAGGAAGCGAGCCGACAGUGAGCAAACUGAGAGCACCAGCAGCGAGGAGGAGGAGAGCCCCAAGCAGAAAGGGUCUGGGGGAAAAGCCCAGAAAAAGACCAUCAAAUCAAAGAAGGGUUCAGCAGAAAAGAAACGGCUGUCCAAAGGGGCGGAAGAUGAAAGCAUGGAUGUCAGUGAGAAGGGAGAGGAGAAGGAGAAGGGAGAACAUGUUGCGACUGUGCCAACUGUAGAUAAGAUAGCAGCAGGAAAUGAAGAGGAGGAGGAUGAUGAUCCUCCCACCAUCACCAGUACACCGCAGAAAAAGGAGGACUGUUCGGGGCUCACACAGGAGGAGCAGAUGCUGAGCCAGACGUCCCACUCCCAGGAGAUGCUGGAGGACAGCAUGGAGACAGAGAUCUAUGAUUGUAGGGGCUUCAUUCACCAUACUAGGAGUAACCUAAUGGAGGACAUCCUGAGCCCAGAUGAGAUCAGCUGCAGCAGCUCACAGAUCAGUAACAAGUCGGAGAAGAACAUGGCAGACUUCGAGGGUGAGGACUCGGGCUGUGAGGAGGAGCUGGCACAGAUCAAUGCUCACGCCCAGCUCAGCUCACAGAUGCACCAGCACCUGGCUAACAUGGCCUCCAUGUACCACAGUCACUUACCGCAUCAAGGACAUCUGCACCACCACCACCAUCACCACCACCAGUCUCCAGGCAGACACAAGAAGCAUGCCAACGAGUUCAACUUCGAGGAGGUGUGCAAGCCCACCAACACCCUGCUCUGGGAGCUGGUGCAGGACCAUAGUGCUGUCCAUCUAGGAGAAGGUCUGGCGGUGGAGGCUGAGAAGCUGCUGUGCUCACUAGUGUGCUGGUUCACAGACAGGCAGAUCAGGAUGCGCUUCAUCGAGGGAUGUCUGGAGAACCUGGCCAACAACAGCUCUGUUGUGGUGUCCCUAAGACUGCUGCCCAAGCUGUUUGGCUCCUUCCAACAGUACAGGAAUACUUACGAUACCCACUGGAUUACCAUGUGGGCGGAAGAGCAGCGUCAAAUGAUGCACCACUUCUUCAACAACCUGGUCGCCUACACCACAUCUGUGAAGGAGGGAAAGGCCCCAAAGAACCCUCUGUACACACACAUGACAGAAGUGCAGGCCAGGCUCCAGUUUCUCACCUUCGUCUUCUCAUCAUUGGCUUCUCCUGAAACAUUCCGUUUGACCCUUGAGCAGGUGGACACCCUGUGGAACUGCCUGGCCACCGACCCUGAGGUGGGGGACGAGGCCCUGAACUGGUUCCUGAACCAGGCACGCAACAAGGACCAACAUGCCAUGUCUCUGGACACCUUUAAACACAUCUUUGUGGAGAAGAUGCCAGGUCUCCAGCCUGAGACCAUCACCAUGACAGGCCUGAAUCUGUUCCAACAGCUGUGCACAUUAGCCAGGAUGGUCAGCCCCUCUCCAGACAUGCCUGCUCUGGAUGACCUGGGUAUGCAGCAGCUAUGGGGGAUCGCCCUGAGAGCCAGGGACCCUGAUGUCAGCCAGGCAGCCAUCCAGUAUAUCAACAACUUCUACAUCAAUGCUGGAAAUGGAAACCUGGAACGGGAACACGAGUUUGUGAAGAGAUGUAUGGACAGUCUGCUCAAGGUGUCAGCUACACUAAACAGGUGCCCAGGUUCCAGUCUCCUGGUUCUUGAGAGAGGCCUGGAUCUUCUCAAGUCUCACUUGGAGGUCUUCAGAAGGAGGUACACGUACCACAUGCGGAUGUGGCAGCUGCAGGGUCGGGGGAUCCUCAGCCAUCAGAAGUACUUCAACAACAGGAACAACUCCAAGAUCCACGUGGUGUGUCAACCAGCUGGCAUGACAGACAAGCUGACCAUAGAGAUGGACUCCCAGGACCUGGUGGCUGACCUGAGAGCAGAGGUGACCCACUGGUUCGAGCACCUGUCCAGUCAGGGCCAGGUGCCCAGCUCCUCCCAGGACUCCUCUGCAGCCAUGGCGGCCCUGUUCGGCAGCUCCCUGCAGGGUCCGGUGAGGAUGAUCUCCCAGGGGAGGGAGCUCACGGCAGAGAACAUGGACGAGAAGACCCUGCAGGAGAUGGGCUUCAAGGACCUACAGUUGGUGUUUGUGUCGGUCGGCAACCCUCGCCCCCAGAGCAGACGUCAGGAGAGUUUCCUGCUGCCGCCCUCCCUGCUGCCGGAGCCCCCGCGGGACAACCUGCCCAUGCUGCUGCUGCUGCAGGAGCCGCACUUCGACAACCUGAUGAACCUGCUGCAGCUGCUCAGCACCUGGGCCUGCCCCGGGAAGGAGGGGGACAGUGAGGAGGUGAUGAAGGCCAAGCUGGCACUGGAGAACCGAGGUCAGCUGCUGUCCCACAAGGUGUGGGAGCUGCUCAUGCUGCUGCCCACCUGCCGAGACCUGCUCAACGCCUUCACAAGGGGCAUCAGGAAGGUCUCCCCUCCAGCAGAGGCAAAGGACACGGAGGCGGGAGGCAGUGAUGACCAGCUGCCUGCUGACCACUGGAGCCGAACCCUGGGCCAGGACAACCCUCACAAGCUCCUGUACUGUCUACAGAUCAUCGAGUCCCUCAGUAAACCCAGGAGGUCCAGACAUCGCUCAUCAACUGGGAGCCAGUUGGGAGGAGGAGACCAGUACAGUGUUGAGCUGGAGCUGCCUGUAGAGGGGCUACAGGUGGGACCUGCCUGGACACAACAUUUCAUCUCUACUGGUGGUCUACAGCACCUACUGAGUAUCUUCAUGUCAGGCUGUCUUCAAGCACAGGACGGGAAGAGAUGGAGCGAGUGGCAGCAAGACACCCUGGCCCUUCUGUUAAAACUUCUCUACCACUUUGCCAUGGAAACUCUGGAGAUCACCCCCAAUUCUGAAGACAGCGUGUUUGAGGCAGACACCAGCGGAGACUACGAGACCCCCAGGAAACGGUCUCGGCACAGCAGGAGCAAGAAGUCCACGGGAGACCACGAGAAAAGUUCAGUGCCAAAGAUUCGAUCCUCGGUUCUCCAGAUGAUGGACGAGAACCCGAUGCUGGAGAGACUGAUGAGCGUUCUGUACGAGGCGGCGGCUCCGAGCGACGCGGGCAGCGUGCUGAGCGUGUACUGGGGGAAGUCUGAGGUGGUGAGACACGGGAUGAGGCUGCUGGUGUCCUGGGUGUGCAGUGUGCCAGAAGUGGCCAACUCACUGGCCAGGACCAAGCAGUUCCAGGCUUGGCUACAGAGACUUGUACUGGAUGCACCAGAGCCCACAGUACGACGGGAGGCGUGUAGCGGCCUGUACAAGCUGUGCAUGUCCACCACCAGUGAGAGUCACACCUUCAUCUUCUCCCUCCUGUCUGCCCUGCUGAGCUUCCUGUCAGCAGCACAACUCAUCACACCUCCACUAGAGGUAGGGGACCAACCAGUGCCUCCAGAUGAUGAGAAGGGUGAGCUGUAUGGCCCUGGCUGUAAGGACUACUUCUGGCUCCUCUGCCGACUUGUGGACCAUGCCAUCAACCCCGAGGUCCUCCACCAGGCUCAGGAGGACAACAUUGAUAUCGUAGAUGUGGACGCGCUGGCGAGACAUCUGGCAAAGUGCAUCUCUGUGAGAAAGAUCCACGAGCAGAGACACAACACCGUGGAUGAUGAUGCUCUGUGCGGGUUGCUGAGACUCUGCACGGCUGUCGUGAAGCACAAUCCUCCGUUCAAGUACUCCAAGCACGGUCAGGAGCUGGUGAAGGUGAUAUUCGAGUGUCUGUUCAAACUGCCCACCAUGGAAGACAGGGACCAACCCAAGUGCAAGUCGCAGAACUGCCGGUCGGCGGCGUACGACCUCAUGGUGGAACUGGUGAAGGGCUGUCUGGACAAUUACAAGCUGCUUCACGGGAAGAUGAUGGCGCAGCACACGCAGAACGUGCACGCUCCGUACCCGUGGAACUACUGGCCGCACGAGGACGGGCGUUCCCCGUGCGGUUUUGUUGGACUGACCAAUCUGGGCGCUACGUGCUACAUGGCUUCCUGUAUACAGCAGCUAUACAUGAUGCCCCAGCUGAGGGCAGCCAUUUUAGCUUCCAAAGUCAAAGAGGACAUACAGAAUGUGGCCACGCUGAUGGAGCUUCAAAGAAUGUUUGCAUUCCUUCUGGAGAGUGAGCGGAAAGCGUACAACCCUAGAAACUUCUGUAAGGUGUACACCAUGGACAAACAGCCCAUCAACACUGGAGAGCAGAAAGACAUGACAGAGUUCUUUACCGAUCUCAUCACCAAACUUGAGGAAAUGGGACCUGAGCUGAAGGACACUGUAAAGAAAUCCUUCGGUGGUGUGAUCACAAAUAACGUGGUGUCUUUAGACUGCACACAUGUCAGUCGUAACUUGGAGGAGUUCUACACUGUGAGGUGCCAAGUAGCAGAUAUGAAGAAUCUGUAUGAGUCGUUAGACGAGGUGACUGUGAAGGACACACUGGAGGGGGAUAACAUGUACACGUGCUCCCAGUGCGGCAAGAAAGUACGGGCAGAGAAGCGGGCGUGCUUCAAGAAGCUUCCCAGGUACCUGUGCUUCAACACCAUGAGGUAUACGUUCAACAUGGUGACGAUGAUGAAGGAAAAAGUCAACACACACUUCUCGUUCCCCCCCAAGCUGGACAUGAGCGUGUACACGGAGGACUAUCUCAUGGGGGAGGAGGGCAGCAGGCAACAGCUAGACGGCUAUGAGUAUGAACUUAUAGGUGUGACCGUUCACACAGGAACGGCAGACGGGGGGCACUACUACAGCUUCAUCAGGGACAGGAUAGGGUCGGGUGACAAGUGGUACCUUUUUAACGACGCCGAGGUCAAGCAGUUUGAUUCCACACAGCUAGCCUCAGAAUGUUUCGGGGGAGAGAUGACGACAAAGACGUACGACUCGGUCACGGACAAGUUCAUGGACUUCUCGUUCGAGAAGACUCACAGCGCUUACAUGCUGUUCUACGAGAGGUGCCAGCCGGAGGAGGAGCGGCAGAGGGAAAUGCCCGAAAAGUUUGACCUGUCCAAGGACCUGUCGGAGUGGAUAUGGCAGGACAACAUGCAGUUCUUGCAGGACAAGAGCAUCUUCGAGCACACCUACUUCAACUUCAUGUGGCAGAUGUGCAGCUACAUUCCCACCACCCUGCCGGACCCCACCAGGGAAGUGUCCCUCCUGUCCGCCAAACUCACCGCUUCCUUUGUGCUGGAGACUCUGAUCCAUUCCAAGGAGAAGCCCACCAUGCUGCAGUGGAUCGAGCUGUUGACCAAACACUUCAACUCCAAUCCCCAGGCCGACGAGUGGUUCCUGGACCACAUGGCCCAGGACGAUUGGUGGCCGAUGCAGAUUUUAAUCAAGUGCCCGAACCAGAUGAUGCGGCAGAUGUUCCAGAGAUUAGUGGCGCACGUGAUCAACCAGCUCAGACCUCGACACGCCCCGUUAUACUUACAGCCCGUGAUAGAAGGGGAGGGGAGUGUCGAGGAUAUCGGUUGUUUCUCCUGUGUGACAAGAUUCAUCAAGAUGCUGCUGAGUCUGCUCGAGCACGGUGUUCGGCCCAACAGCAAACACUUGACGGAAUACUUCUCCCUGCUGCUGGACUUUGCACAGAAAGGGGAGGAGGAAAAACACUUCAUGAUUGCCAUAGAGGCCAUCUCCAUCAUGGCCAACUUUUACCUGGGCAACAAGUCUCCUGACUACGUGGAAGUUGUGUCUGAGGAUGAGGAGGAGGAAGAGGAUGAUGAUGUCAUCACGCUGCCGGAGGAGAAGUACCGCCCCACGUCGCUGGAGAAGAUGAUCGCCCUGGUGGCCCUGCUGGUGGAGACGUCCCGCGCUGAGAGGCAGCUCAGCCUGUCUCAGAACGACCUGGCCGUGCUAACUACAGGAAAGGGAUUCCCCUUCCUUUACCAGCAAGUACGGGACAACAUCAACCUGCGGCAGACGUGUAACCUGAUCUUCAGUCUGACCCGGUACAACCCGCGGCUGGCGGAGGCCAUCGUGUCCAUGAUCUUCCACUCCAUCGCCAAGCUGAACCCGGACGGCUCCCAGCCCUUCUUCAAGCUGCUGUCCAUGCUGGUGGAGUUCCUGGGGGGUCCCCCGGGCAUGCCGUCCUUCACACAGCUCAUCCUCAACAGGAUAUGGGAUGUUACUGAGUACAACCCACAGCAGUGUUUUGACUGGCUGGCUAUCCAGACCCCACGUAACAAGCUGGUUCACAGCUGGGUGCUGCAGUCCAUGGAGACGUGGGCAGAGAUGUACCUCCUGGCCUCCAGUAACAUCAGGGUCAGAAACUCUGCUGGGUUCCUGUUGGCCUCCCUGGUCCCCAACAACCACUUCAGACAGAUGUUCCGCUCAGCACGGAACCUCCACAGCCCCAACAAGGACAUCAUGAUGACCCCUGAAGCCACCGCCAUCCUACACCAGGUGUACUCCUUGCUCCUGCGCCUGCUGGGUCGUGCCCGGAUCUAUGCUGACCACACGGCCCACGGAACCGUCAAACUUGUGCAAUACUUUGCCCUGAUGACUUACUGCUUAGUGUCCAGAACAGAGAAGCUCAUGUUGACCAGGUAUGUGAACGACCUGUGGCAGGUGUUACAUCCUAAGCUCACGGAGCCAGCCAUUCCCAUCAACCACAACAAGCAGGCCCUGCUGCUGUUCUGGCAUCAUGUCUGUGUGGACUGCCCAGAAAACAUUCAGCUCAUCAUUCAGAAUGCACACAUCACCAAGAACAUUCCCUUCAACUACAUACUAGCGGACCAUGAUGACCAGGAGGUGGUGGUGUUUAACCGCGGCAUGCUGCCGGCGUACUACGCCAUCCUGCGCAUGUGCUGUCAGAUGUCUGCCCAGUUUGCCCGGCAGCUGGCCUCGCACCAGAACAUGCAGUGGGCCUUCAAAAACCUCACACCGCACGCCAACCAGUACCCUGUGGCUGUGGAGGAGCUGUUCCACCUGAUGCAGCUGUUUGUUGCCAGGCGACCAGAGAUGACCAAGCAGGAACAGCAGGACAUCGUGGCCUUCAAACGUGCCACUCUGAACUGCUACCUCAACUGUCUGGAGGGCAGGUCCUGCUGGACCACUCUCAUCAGUGCAUUCCGCAUCCUGCUGGAGAGUGAUGAGGACAGGCUUCAAGUGGCCUGCAACAAGGGGCUCAGUCUGAUGUGUGAGUCCUUCAACACGUUACACUUGAUGUUCCACGAGGCCACGGCCUGCCAUGUGACGGGAGACCUGGUGGAACUGUUAGCCAUUCUCUACUCCAUACUGGACACCUGCACCAAGUACAUGGACAAAAAAAGAAGUAAAGCAGGCCCUCCUACAGUGGCAGGAGAAAAUGGAACUGGGCAGGAAACUCAUGACCCUGCUCAACUCCUACACCCCUCCUGAAGUCAGACAACAGUGCUUCGAGGUGCUUCAGGUUCUGGUGUCCCUGUGUCCACGUGAGUGUGCCCAGAGCUUCAUCCCCAUCCUGCAGCACGCCCAUGCCAACUUCCAGAGAACCAAUGUGCCAGUCACCCUCGGACCAUUCUUCCCCCACCGUGGGACAAAGGCUGUUCCCAACAAGGCCAACAUCCGCC